UAAGUUGUUUUGGUUUGUGCCAUACAUUCAGACGUACUCCUCUGUAAAUGUUGUCUUCAGAGCUCAACAACUCAACCACAAAUUGACAAUAACGGAAGUGUCGAGUGUGUUCAAAUCUCUGAGCUAGAUAACGUGAUAGCUAGCUAAAGCCGUGAGGUUAGGAGCGUGACUGAUCUAAGUGCGUUCAGACGUCCUUCAGUGAUAAGUGAAUAUUCCGGGCCAUAACACACCAUCAGAAUAGAGUUCCAGUGGUAUAGAAACAGCUCCCAUCAGACUACAGGACCCAUGGACAGGCAUGACAGUGACCCUACCCUGAUGUCAGGUGACAGCUCUCAGCCAAUCACGGUCACGAUUGGUGCCACCGUACCUACGGGGUUCGAACACACGGCCGCAGAGGAAGUGAAUGAGAAAAUCGGGGCCAGUGCUAGGAUUAGCAGGGACCGUGGCAGAAUCUAUUUUCAGAUAACUACUGAUAAACUUCCUCUGGUCCAUCACUUAAAAUCUGUGGAUAAUCUAUUUGUUGUGGUCGAAGAGUUUGAAAAUUUUCAGUUUAAAGAUUCGAAGGAGGAAGUGUUUGCAGACCUACAGGCCCUGGCCUCCAACCUCCCGUGGCACAACGCGCUGGAGGUCUGGAAGAUGAACAUCUCUCUGAAGAAGAAACGAGGGCGUCGCCGUGGAAACGCCGCCUCCAGGCCGAGCCCCGACGCCGGCCAAGACGCCGCUGAGGAUGCCGUUUCCAUGGAAACGGAGCACAAGGCCGCGCAGGAAGUCGACGGACAAGAGGGCGGCUCCCCCGAGCGGGACGGAGAGCCAAAGGAGGAAGGGUCGGAGGUCAAGCCGCUGAAGUUUCGCGUGACCUGCAACCGAGCCGGGGACAAACACAGCUUCACGUCCAACGAGGCGGCGCGGGAGUUUGGGGGCGCGGUGCAGGAGGUGUUCCAGUGGAAGGCAGACAUGACUCGGUUUGACGUGGAGGUUCUACUGAAUAUCCACAACAGUGAGGUGGUGGUGGGUAUCGCCCUGACGGAGGAAAGCCUCCAUCGCAGAAACAUCACUCACUUUGGGCCAACGACACUCCGCUCCACGCUAGCAUAUGGAAUGUUGAGGCUGUGUAAACCCCAACCCUCUGAUAUCAUCAUAGAUCCUAUGUGUGGGACCGGCGCCAUUCCUGUAGAGGGGGCCAUGGAGUGGCGGCAGGCCUUCUACGUAGCCGGAGACAAUAACGACAUGGCGGUGAGUCGGACCGUCAAUAACGUCGGUCACAUUCAGCGGAAACGACAGGAUGCAGGCAGCACGGCUCCGGGGCUGCCUGUGGACACUCUGCAGUGGGAUGUUUGUCACCUGCCUGUCCGGACUGGCUCUGUGGACAUCGUUAUCACGGACAUGCCCUUUGGGAAGAGAAUGGGGUCGAAGAAGAAGAACUGGGACCUGUACCCGUCGUGUCUGAGAGAGAUGGCGCGUGUUUGCAGACCCGGGACGGGAAAGGCUGUGUUACUGACUCAGGACAAGAAAUGCUUCACCAAGGCGCUGUCCAGGAUGGGUGGUCUGUGGAGGAAGUCCCACACCGUGUGGGUGAAUAUCGGAGGAUUACACGCCGGGGUUUUCGUCCUCAAACGAACGGGCUCCGCCUUUGGCACGACGCCAGAGGACUUGAGAGACGCUCGCGGCGCGGAGGGGCCCGAGGAAGCAGAAUUGAAAAAUAAUCUUCGGACACAAAUGGUCUAGACUGUAAACGAGGCUCAAGUUUCCACUCAAAUGCGAAGGAUGACUUAGCAAAACGGAAAGAACAAGUUUUUUUUUUUUCCCGCGUUACAGGAAAAUACCCAUUAUCAAAUACCCAUGUUGUAUUGGACAGGUUUCUUCUAGGAGUACAUUGUCUGAAAUAACCUUAACAUUAUCGUUCACAGUAUAAAGGAGCUCGCGGAC